ACUUCUCUCGCCUCUCCUCCUAUAGUCUUCAAGAUCAUCAUCGUCACUCACAUCCACUUACAUCUUUUUAUAACUGCACAGCUUAACCACCCACAACCCGCCAUCAACUAUCAACUACUACUACUACUACCACCAACUACUAAAUACCGAAUUACCAACUACCAACUAUCCGCACGUGGCGUAUCAUAUCAGCGAAGCAUUCCAAAAGGUACCAUUACAUAAAAGCGUGGUUUGACGAGUUUGAAUUUGUUUUCUUCGAAUUGUAGACGGUGUAUUGGUGGUACUGGGCAGUUUCAACAUACUCGUCCUACUGGGAGCGACCGACGUACGUGCUAGCACUUCAACAUGGAUAGACAGGAAUCGAUAUGGACUCGCCGCAGCAAUGUUACCAGUCUCUCUCUGUCCACGCCGAGUCAAUCCGAUAAUUCCACAACCCCGCGGGACUUCUCGAGUCUAGCACGCAGGAAUGGCGCCACCUCAUCCCACGGCCGCUCGAACCCCUUCGGCGCAACGACCCCCGGCAGCACCCUAACGUCGCCUACUAGCGCCGGAGGGUCUAAUCAGUUUGGCCUCGGAUCCGGCGCAUUCGCCUCCUUCGGUUCCGCCAAAACCCCCAAGUCUCAAGGGAAUCCCUUCGAGCAAGCCAUGGGUGCGGUUGGUGCUAAGACUCCCUCCUCCGAGAAGACGACGAAAGAUGCUAUGCGAUCCACCGCCGUCAACAAACCUUCCAUGGGCUCUAUUUCUGAGACGAGCGCUCAGCAGGCGUCCGCGGCGACGACACACCCUCUCCGCGACACCUGGGUCUUUUGGUACAGGCCGCCCAUUACCAAGGCUAAUGGUUAUAUCGAAUACGACAAGACAUUACACGCCAUGAUGUCUGUUAAGACUGCGGAAGAAUUCUGGUUGGCCUAUUCACACUUGAAACGACCCUCGGCGCUACCCACCGUAUCGGACUACCAUCUCUUUAAAAAGGGUAUCCGUCCAAUAUGGGAAGACGACGAAAAUAAGCUGGGCGGGAAGUGGGUUCUGCGACUGAAGAAGGGUGUCGCUGAUCGAUAUUAUGAAGAUCUCCUGAUGGCCUGCGUCGGCGAUCAAUUUGGGGACGAGGCCGACGAGCUUUGCGGUGUUGUACUUAGUAUGCGCAACGGGGAGGACGUGCUGAGCAUCUGGACUCGUAGCACUGGACAGAAAGUCCUCAAGAUUCGCGAGACGAUGCGGCGCGUGCUAAAUUGUCCACCCGAAACCCGCAUCGAGUUUAAAAGCCAUGACGCAAGUAUGCAGCAGCGCUCUGCUAUCGACGAGAUGCGCCGCGAAAAGGCGGCGCAGAACCACGGCGACAAGCGGACCCAUAACAAUAACAAAAACCGUCAGCCGCAAGAUGAGCAACGAUCGUAGUAUAAUCAUGGAAGAAUGCGCUCGACUUUUUUUUUUUUUUUUUUUAAAAAAAAGGGGGUAAGAAGCCUUAGUCGAGUCACAGAAAUAGCAAUUGAACGUUCGAAAAAUGCAUGGUUUUUCCCGCG